AUGCCACUGACACCAAUGGUAGUGCCGGAUAGCGAGCUGAUAGAAUUGAUGCUAGCUGCAUAUUGUCAACGACAGUGGAGCUGCAGAGGUAACGGCCGUGAGCAUUUUGGUGCUCAAAAACAAGGAUGUGGCAGAGGGCGACAUCAUCAAUGUGCACAAACCCCAUCCUUCCGUGCCAUUCAAAUUUCUCUGUCUCUCCUGUUUUAUUCAACAGUAACAGGUUGCAACAAUUCGUGUGUCGUCAGAUUGGCUUUGGACGUAAGAGAUCAGGAAGGAACACUGACUAGUUAG